UGUUGUAAUGCCCAAAGAUAGUUAUGUGCAGUAUGUUUCCAGACCAUAAGUUUUUGUGCCUAAAGUGGCAAGAACUUGGGUGAUCUGCUUCGUUUUAAAAGCCUUUAGAUCUGGCAAACGAACUGCCUUUUCCACAACUGUCUUACAUCUGCGAAACGCACUGUUUAAACACACAUUACACAUAUAUUUUUCUAUACUUAAGUAUACGCAUAUUAAACCGGCAGAUGUAGAAUAAAUUCCUGUUAAAAGCUUCAAAUUAUAAUUGUGCAAGCAAUGCUCAAGCUGGGAUUCGCGGUUCCCACUCGUUGGUCUUUCAGAUGUCGUCGCCUGGGAAUGGCUAGCAUAAGAGGCGAGGCGAGAAUCUCUGUGGACAAACAGAAGGCUGCCCAGGCGCAGCGGGAUGAGGACCAGCAGGAGGUCGAGCCGGAUUCCCAGCCGACGGAAGAUAUUCCAAGGAUUCACAGGAACGAGAGAGUAUUAAUCAGUCAUGCCAUUCAGGAGAUCCAGCACAGGCCGUUGGAGGUACCCACAAUAAUCGGUGAUGAAACAGUGUACACCAUGGACAACCAGCGGGUUUCCUGCCCGCAUCACUUGCAAACGAACUUGGCUCACGUCUACUACGCCAAUCGCAAGCAAAUCGAGGCCGCAAUCAAGUCGGCCCUUUCGGCGCAGGGAACUUGGAGUCUAGUUCCCAUUGCCCAGCGCCUGGCCAUUUGGCGACGCGCUGCUGGCAUUAUCGAGGAGGACGAGCUGCGGUUGCGAGUGUUCCUGAUGCUGACGCUUAGCAAAACCGCCGACGAAGCGACGCGGGACAUUCGGCGGCUGCUUACCUCGCUGAGGGCUAAUGCUGACUAUCUGGAGCACCUGUCAGAGCUGCGCUUUGAGAUCCAGGGCGAUAUGAAUGUAUUCCCCAGUUUUCAUUUGCGACCCAUGGAUGGGUUUGUGGCCGCCCUAGCACCAUUUGAAUCGGUCGCCUUGUCAACCAGUUUGGCCCUCUGUCCGGCUCUCAUGGGCAACACGGUGCUCUGGAAUCCCGCAUUGGAAGUGGCACCUGUGAGCUUUCUCAUUUACAGAGCUUUCCAGGAGGCGGGUCUGCCCAGCGGAGUGAUCAAUUUUGUGCCGGCCAACGAGCGUCUGUUCUUGGACACCAUCACGGCUGCCGAGCAUUUUGCCGGACUGAAUACGCAAGCCAGUGCAGCUUGUUACAGGCAUGUGCACAAACUGGUGAGCGAUCGGUUGGAGCGAUACAUCUGUUUUCCACGUCUGGUGGCCGAGUGCCCGGGUCAGAACUUCCAUUUUGUCCAUGCCAGUGCCAAGGUGGAGUCUGUGGUCUCGGCCACCGUGCAGGCGGCCUUUGGAUUUGCCGGACAGUAUGCCAACUCGCUGUCUAGAAUGUACGUGCCCUCGUCCAUGUGGCCACGGCUCCGGGCGGAGUUGCUAGAGGCCACGGAGCAACUGAUCAUCGGAGACCCCGUCGAAUUAGAAACGGAUAUGGGAGCGAUGGUGCGUAUUGAAGACUACCGGCGGAUGCAGAAACUUCUGCAGCGCUCUAACAAUAUGGAGCAGUUGUGCGGUGGCAGCUGCGAUGACGUCACUGGUAGAUUUGUUCAGCCAACGAUUGUCCAGGUGGCGGAUCCAUUGGAUCCACUUCUGUGCGAACCCUGCUGCGGACCCUUCUUGCCGGUGUUCGUCUAUUCGGACGAAUCCUUCGGUGAGGCACUAAAGCUUGCUGCCAACCAGUCCAGAUACGCGCUCUCCGGCUCUAUAUUUGCAAGCCGAGAUGAGGUUAUCCUCCACUGCCUGAACCAACUGCGAAUGUCCGCCAGCAAUAUCUACGUGAAUGAGCGAUGCACGGGCAGUACGUAUGGAUUGACGCCCUUUGGCGGGAAUCGGUUGUCCGGGACAAACGAUAAAUCCGGAUCUGCCUACUUCCUUAUGCGCUGGAGCUCGCCGCUGCUCAUUGAGGAGACUGUGGAGGGUGCACCUCCCAUGCACGGAUCAAAUAAGCUUCCCUAAGCUUGCUGAUGGUUGGCGGGUGUUUCAAAAUUACAAUAAAUGUAUUUGAAGUGGCUUUUUUACCAUUUAACCACAAACUGUAUAAUAACAUUUUUCUCUCAUUUUAAGAACUUUUUAUUCAAUGAAUGACUAGAAACAUAGGUUCACCAGUUAUUGUAGCUUCU